AUGUUCUGCCCGGAGACCUAUCGCGCGUACCAAUACGAAAACUACGGCCCGAUCGAGAAGGAGCUCAAGCUCAAAUUCUGUCUGCCGCACUUACCUCUUGGUUCUCAACAAGUCCGCAUUAAGGUUCACAGCGCUGCGGUGAACCCCAUCGACUACAAACUGGCAGAGUUUAAGGGCCAAACAUUCUUCGGAAAGGCUCCAUCUGUCGAUGAUCCAUUUAGUAUUGGCUUUGAUGCCUCCGGUGAGGUGGUUGAGGUCGGGAGCGACGUCAAACGUAUCAAGAUCGGCGAUGCGGUUUAUCUCUCGACUCCAGUAAGCGCCAUCGGAAGCCUCGCCGAGUACGUGAUCGUCGACGAAGAGUUCGCGGCUUUAAAGCCUAAUAAUCUAGACUUCAAUGAAGCAGCAGCUGUGCCCACGGCUGCACUUACGGCGCAUGCUGGAAUGACAACAUUUGCGAAACUCCAGAAGGGUGAGACUGUUCUCAUUUUGGGUGGGAGCAGUGCCGUGGGGAUGUUCGCGAUCCAGUUGGCUAAAGUGAUUGGAGCUCGUGUGAUUGCUACCACGAGUACUCGAAACGUUGAGCUUGUGAAGUCCUUGGGUACCGACCAAGUCGUCGAUUAUACGGAAGACAAAUGGGAAGAUGUCCUGGAGCCGCACUCGGUGGAUGCCUUGUACGAUGUUGGCGUAGAGCCUUCGUCUUGGAACAACGGUGCCCAGUUGGUACUGAAGAAGAACACGGGUCGCUUUAUCACCCUGGCUCCGAUGCCUGAACCCGUCAAGAAAGCUGAAUUCGGUGCGAAACUUAUUGGUUUUGUCAGCUCUGUUGAAAACUCUGCGAAGACGCUCAGCGUCAUUACCGAAUACAUCGAAAGUGGGAAGGCAAGGCCUGUGAUCGACACUGUUUAUUCGUUUGAGAAAGCACAAGAUGCGUACGCAAAGCUGAAGACGCGUCACGCGCAAGGAAAGCUGGUGGUUCAGAUAUAUCCUUAA